GGUACACGGUCAAGAAUAAGCUGAUGGACGUGCAUGCAGUCAAUGACGCCCUCCUGCUCCUUAUCGUCCAGUUUCCGCUGCCGAGAUAUGAGCGUGGACAUAAUGCAUGAGCCAAUAAGUGGCAGUAUACCGUUUUAUCGGUGCCAUUUCUCUGUAACUGAGAGGCACAAGUAAUCUUAUCCUGCUGAUAAGCGCGCACACGGGCGUAAUAGGGGUCGACACCAAGGUUAUUCUAAAUAGGGCGUGAAAGUCGGAACGAAAAGUUGUCUGAAACCUAUUGUGACAGGCAUCAACAACCGCGUGACAAUUUAGGCAUGACUAGGUGAGAGGGGACAAGUAGCGAAAACAAAAAGAAACAUUUAAACGUUUAUUUUCAAUAGCUUCGAUUUUAUUUGUUGCAAAAAAUUUGUAGAUUACUUUAAUGAAGCUUUUGUUUUUGGUAUGUUGUUGAGCGCGCAUUUUUUUUUUUUUCGUUUGGUUUCAGAAACAGUGGGCACGUAGAGGCAGUCUGGUAACAUGGGCCAACGGAUGUGGGGGCGUAUCCAGGCGAUAUGCUAUCAGAGCUUGUGUUUAGUUCGGCGUGAUCUUUGGUUUGGCGCAUUAACAGGCCAGCGAGCCAUCACUCACUUUUCCGUGGUGUUCUCGUGCACGCAUUCAGAAAUUUACUUGUUUAUGUGUAUUUCAGAUGUCAACUAGCUCACACAUUGUGUAGAUGGCGCUAUUGUGACUGCCAACUGCCUUCGCUGCCGCACGGCCGACGUGCCCUCGCCUUUGGUGACUGCGAACGCGACAGGCUAAGACGCUGUACUCUACGGCUGCCAAAGCUAUAUUGUCAAAACUGCUGUCCCGCUGCAGUGGUUUUCAACGAUUGGGCAACAUGGCGACGGUGGCAACGAGUCACCGACUACUCGAUCCAUGGGCUUCUACGGAAGUUACUCUACCGGUUUACAUGUACCUUGGUCGAGACGCCAGAGUGUGAACAACCGCGACGGUGAUCGGUCACACUCGUCAGGGCGAUGUCUCUUAGCGGUCGUCUAGCCUGGUCAUUGGAGGCGGCAGCGGCAUCGGCGAGGCCGUCUGCCGUUUGCUGGCCGAAGAAGAUGCCGCCGUGAUAGUCGCCGACAAGCACGUCGACGCUGCGAUGAGUGUAGCCGCCUCUUUGCCAGGGGACGAAAAGCAUCUGUCCGUGUACGUGGAUGUCGGCGAUUCGUCUGCUGUGAAGGCGCUGUUUACCAUCAUCAAAUGCACAAACGAAGAACUGCCCCUAAGCGCCGUCGUCAACUGCGCCGGGAUUACUGGUUUCGCGCCAAUCACAGACUGCAGCGAUGAAGUGUUCGACGACAUCAUCAGGGUCAACCUCAAGGGCACUUUCCUGGUGAUUCGGGAGGCUAGCCGCUACAUUCUUCAGUCGGGUCAGCCGAUGCCCGAAGGAGGUGCAGCCAUCGUAAACGUCGCGAGCAUCUUCGGCAAGAGUGGCCAAGAAAACGCGGCGGCGUACUGCGCUUCCAAGGGCGGCGUCGUGGCGCUGACCAAGUCGGCAGCGCAGGAGCUGGCUCCCCACGGCAUUCGCUGCAACGCCGUGCUUCCGGGCUGGACUGAGACACCGAUGACUGUCACUGCACCUGGAGACAUGAGAGCCGAGGCGAUUGCUUCGACGCCACUUAAGAGAACGGCUCAGCCACGCGAGAUCGCGGAAGCCAUCAAAUUCCUGUGCUUGCCAAACGCGAGCUCUUUCGUCACGGGUGCCGCGCUCGAAGUCACAGGAGGCUGGCGCAUGUGAUCGUCCAUUUGGUGCUUCUGCGUUUAUCGCGCGGUUUCAGUCACCGGGAUCGUUUUCUGAACCUGAAGAGAUUCGCACUGACCAUGAAAUACCAGGAACAUAUAAUAUGGCCUGGUAUGUGCCAAGUUUCCAGUGUUCUAUGAAGCUAUUGUUUGGAUGAGUGUUGGAUCAGUGUUGUGUGUGAGCGGCAGACUAUGGAUAAUUACUUCUGUAGAUGAAAACGUUGGUGAAUGCUAUGAUUUGCAAAGGCUGACGAGCACAUCUGUAAGAAAUACGUUAUAAUUGAGACGCAUACAGAUUUUAAAAAUAAAUCAUUUGAAGAAACACAGAAA